AUGGUUGAUGCAGCUCUAAUCAGUGGUUUGCUUUCAAACUUGCUACCUCUGAUUAAUGAUGAGUUCUCGCUGUUUUGGAGUUUUGAGAAUGAGGUUCAAAAGCUAUCGAGCACGUUAUCUUCAAUUAGUGCCGUACUUGAAGAUGCUGAGAGAAAGAACGUGCGGGAGAAGGACAAACAAACGAAAGAUUGGUUGCGGAAACUCAAACAUGUAGCAUACGAGGUUCGAGACAUCAUGGAUGAGUGCAACUUUGAAGAUCUUCGUCUUCAAGUCAAAAGUCGUAAUGCCUCUUCUUCAACCCGGCUCCAGGUAUCCAACUUGAUCACCCAUCCUUUUAGCAAUAUUAAGACGCGUCUCAAAAUUGGUCACAAAAUUAAAGAUGUACAAGAGAAGCUAAACCAAAUUUCUUCAGAGCGCAAAAAGUUACAUUUGCGUGAAUCUAUUCAUGACUCAAAAAAGUUACAUUGUCUUGAAUGUAUUCAAGACUCAAAAGAAGACAAGUUUACUAGUAGUUGGCGUGAAACCGUGUCUCGUUCUAGUAAUCAAGUAUAUGGGAGAGAUAAGGAGAAGAAAGAGAUUAUUGGUAUUCUAGUCAAUAAUACAUCUAGAGUUGGUGUUUCUAAAGAAUUAUCUGUUCUUCCCCUUGUUGGAUUUGGGGGUCUUGGUAAAACAACACUCGCCCAAAUGGUCUUCAAUGACGACGAGGUUUCUAAGCAUUGUGAUACCAAAAUAUGGGUUUGUGUUUCUGAUGAAUUUGAUAUUAAGUUGGUCAUAAAAUCCAUCUUAGAAUUAAAGGAAGAAGCUUGCUUAGAAGAAUUGCAGAAAAAAGUUAUUGAUAAGUUGAAAGGGAAAAGAUAUUUGAUUGUAUUGGAUGAUGUUUGGAAUGAGAACGUUGAGGCAUGGGAUCAGUUGAGAUCUAUAUUAGAUUGUGGAUCAAAUGGUGCAUUCGUUCUUUUAACAACACGUAAAAGAAAUGUGGCAGAAAUCAUGGAAACUAUUCAACAUGUUGCAUUAUCAUCUCUUUCUGAAGAUGAUUGUUGGUUAUUAUUCAAAGAUCGUGCAUUUGUGCAUGGAAAACCAAAAUCUACGAACUUUAUUAGUAUUGGCAAAGAAAUAGCUAGAAAAUGUAAGGGUGUUCCUUUAGUUGCCAAGACAUUGGGAAGUCAACUGGGGUCGAAGAAGAGUGAUGAAACAGAAUGGAUAAGAAUAAGAGAUAGCGAGAUAUGGGAGAUUUCACAAAAUGAAAAUUCGAUCUUGUCUAUUCUAAGGUUGAGUUACUAUGACCUCCCUUAUCAUUUGAGAAGAUGCUUUGUGUUCUGUGCUAUAUUUCCCAAGGAUAUUGAAAUUAAAAAGGAGAGAUUAAUCCAAUUGUGGAUGGCCCAUGGUUUAAUUCCUAUCGUUAAGAACCAAGAAGUGGAAGAUGUUGGGAAUACAAUUUGA